AUGGAUGCACUCAAUCUUGGUUUAGAAGAUAAAUCAGCUAACUAUCCUAAGACAGCAACAUCUUUUAAGUCUCUUGAAAGUCAAGAAUCAUUAUCUACAAGAACGACAUCAUCAAUUACAUCAAAAUCAUCAAUAAAAACAAUACCUAAGAAUAAACGUAUUGAUGUUAUUGAAGAGUAUAAGAAACGGAGUUCUGAUAAGGUUUCGUUAAAUUUAGUGAUUAUUGUCAAUGAAAAGACCAUGAGAAAGUAUGAAAGGGAUUCUUCAAAAAUUGGAAAGUCUUCUUUUGCAUACGCAUGGGUUCUUGAUGAAACAGGUGAAGAAAGAUCAAGAGGUAUUACUAUGGAUAUUGCAAUCACAAAAUUUGAAACCGAGCAUAGGCGAUUUACAUUGUUAGAUGCUCCCGGACAUCGGGAUUUUAUUCCUAACAUGAUUUCGGGUGCAGCUCAGGCAGAUGUUGCUAUUCUUGUGGUUGAUGCCACCACCGGUGAAUUUGAAGCUGGAUUCGAUGCAAAUGGUCAAACAAAAGAACACGCUUUGCUUGUUAGAAGUUUGGGCGUUCAACAAUUAAUCGUUGCGAUAAAUAAAUUAGAUGUUGUAAAUUGGUCACAAGAUAGAUAUAAGGAAAUCAUGGCCAAAUUAAAUCCAUUUUUGACUCAAGCUGGAUUUAAAAAGGACAAAGUAAUAUAUGUCCCUUGUAGUGGAUUGACUGGGGAAAAUCUGUUAAAGAGGUCUGAAAACGUAUUGGAAUGGUAUUCUGGGCCAACAUUAGUUGAACAAAUAGAUCAAUUCGAACCUCCUAUACGGCUUUUAGAAAAGCCAUUCCGACUUUCUGUUUCGGAUUUUUUCAAAGGAGGAAUAGGGAGCAUGGGCGGUGUUACUGUUGCUGGGAGAAUAGAGGCGGGAAAUAUUCAGAUUGGCGAAGGUGUCACGGUAAUCCCUGGUGGAGAACAUGGAGUUGUAAAAGGUUUGGAAGUAAAUAAUUCGUCUUCAAAAUGGGCUGUAGCAGGGGAUUCUGUUUUAAUGACAUUAGCUGAAUUGGACAUUAUUCAACUCAAAGGAUUUCCUGUUAUACUUCAUAGACAAAGUCUUAAUGAGCCAGCUAUUAUCACAAAAUUGAUAUCGAUCUUGGAUAAAAGUACGGGGGCAAUUUUAAAGAAAAACCCUAGAUGUCUUGUUAAAUCAUCAAAUGCGAUUGUUGAAAUUGAACUUUCUAAUAGACCAAUUCCUCUAGAAACUUUUAAGGAAAAUAAAGAAUUAGGAAGAAUUAUGUUAAGAAAAGGUGGAGAAACAGUUGCUGCUGGUAUUGUUACUAAUGUAAGUAUAUUAUAA